ACAGCAACUUCUUUGAAUACCGACCAUCGAAUUAUUUUCAGGAGCUGGUAUUCAUUUGAUCCCCUUUCACCAUGCCGGCCACCACCGCCGACACCCUCUCCUUAGUGACUCGUACCGUCUCUGUUGCUCCCCUUGUCCUUCUUUCAGUCGCAGAUCAUUACGGACGGACAGCGAAGGGCACCCGAAGACGAGUAGUUGGUGUUUUGCUAGGGCAGAAUGAUGGCAAGAAUGUUCGGGUAUCAAACAGUUUUGCGGUGCCAUUUGAAGAAGACGACAAAGAUCCAUCUGUUUGGUUCUUAGAUCAUAAUUUUGUGGAGUCGAUGAAUGAUAUGUUUAAAAAGAUUAAUGCACGGGAAAAGCUUAUUGGAUGGUACCAUUCUGGCCCCAAGUUGAGGGCAUCUGACCUAGAGGUCAAUGAGCUGUUCAAACGAUACACGCCGAAUCCCUUACUAGUAAUCAUUGACGUACAGCCAAAGGAAGUUGGCGUGCCCACUGACGCAUACUUUGCUGUGGAAGAAAUCAAAGAUGACGGAACAACCACAUCGAAAACCUUCGUUCAUACCCCAUCAAUAAUUGAGGCGGAAGAAGCGGAAGAAAUUGGUGUAGAGCACCUUCUUAGGGACAUCCGUGACGUUGCAGUUGGCACCCUCUCAACCCGGAUCACUUCUCAGCUUCAGUCAUUACAAGGAUUGCACUUAAGGUUACGCGACAUUGGCCAAUAUCUACAAAAGGUCCUGGAUCGUGAACUGCCUGUUAAUCAUGCUAUCCUAGGCAAUCUUCAGGAUAUAUUCAACCUCCUCCCCAACCUUGCAGCGGCCAAACAACGCUCGUCAGGGAACGCAUCGGAACAACCACAAAUUGAGAAUACAGAACUUGCGCGCGCCAUGAACAUGAAGACCAAUGACCAACUUAUGUCGAUAUAUAUCAGCAGUCUGAUCCGCGCGAUCACUGCUUUCCAUGAUUUGAUCGAGAACAAAAUCCAGAAUCGGCAGCAACAAGAGGAGCAAGAGGCGAAAUUAGAAGAAGGCAAGGAUGAGAAGGCGGUGACAAAUGGCAACACAGAGGAAAAGAAGAAGAAUAAUAGCGAGUCAAAAGAUGAGUCCGACAGCUCGAAGAAUAAAAAGAAGGGAUGAUAGGAGUUCGUAUACCUGUUCAUACCCUUCUCUCCAUCUAUUGAUAUUGAACCUUGCAGGUUAGCCUCUUUUUUUCCGUUGUAGACUAGAUAGGACGUCCGUGUUACGGCGAACGAUAUUGGGAGCCCGUAUCGGGGAUAUCAAAUGGUUUCAUUUAUUGGACAUAUCCACAAAAUUUUG